CAGGUGCGCGAGGGAUUCCGAGCGAUCAAUGAUGCAGGGAUGGCAAAUAAAGUCAUUUAUUUAACAAAUCCUAUCAGAUAAUGUCUUGACUGUGGCGACGGACUGUUUUGCACCGCUAAAGUGCAUCUACUUACGGGAAAACGCAAUGCCGUCGCAGGAUGAGGUUGAUCCAGUAAAUGAAAACGAAGGUGCGCCUCCGGUGCCACCGCGCGCGACUCUUCACCGGGACUCACCGGCACGCGCCGCCGCACCUGAGCGCAAAGUCAAAUGCGUGCUGGUCGGUGAUAGAGCGGUGGGCAAGACAAGUUUGAUCGUCAGCUACACCACUAACGGAUACCCGGCAGAACACAUCCCUACCGCCUUUGACAACUUCACAGCCAGGGUUGUGGUGGAUGGGAAACCAGUUCAACUUCAGUUGUGUGACAUGGCAGGACAGAGAUGGGGGGCAGUGGACCAUUCUCUCAAUGACGAAUUUGACUGCCUUCGUCCACUCUGUUACCGUGACGCUGACGUCUUCCUGCUCUGCUAUAGCGUGGUCGUACCAUCUUCUCUCAGGAGCUUGAUGGAACGCUGGGCUCCGGAGGUCCACCGUCUCUGUCCAGGCGUUCCCAUCAUCCUCGUGGGCACCCAGUGUGACCUGCUUGAGGACGUCCAGGUCCUGAUCCGACUCGCAGACAGCCAGGAGAAACCGGUGAGCAGAGAGGAAGCCCGUCUGUACGCGAGGAGCAUCGGUGUCGUGACGUGUGCUGAAUGCUCGGCUCUGACGCAGAAGAACCUGAAGGAAGUGUUUGAUGCCGCCAUCCUGGCGAGCAUGCAGCAUGUAGAGGAGGGGGCGUGGCUGAGGAGACUGACGCUGAGAGAAAAAACUCCGGAUAAAAUCAAACAGCUCUCUGAAACGUGGUGGAGAAAACUGAGCUGUGUAGUGUCAGAGUUUUGAACUUCACUGAGAGUGACUCUACAAGGUUUAAAGGAAUAUUCCAGGUUCAAUACAAGUUAAGUUGCUUUACUUGCGCUUGAGGGGCAUAGGGAUAAUUUGGGGGGCAAAGCCCACCCCAGUACCCCCCCUAGAUCCGGCCCUGAGCCGUAUAUAAAAUUAUACAGUAUGUUAUUAUUAUUAUAGUAUAUCUAUUUAUUUGUCACUCAGUUUGGGACUGUAGAUCAGAUCUCAAGGUGACCUUGUUUUGCCUCACCUGUUAUGUGUUAUAGUAAUAUUGGAUGACGCAGGAGUGUUUGUGUCAGUUUGGCACAGUACCCUGCAUUCACAGUCGUGGAUUAGCUGAUCCUGUGAACAGAUUGAAGAUCAAGACUAAAGAAUGGGGAUCUGUCGUCUGCGUCACACCUGCUCAUAGUUCUG